UUCUUUAAAGUACAUCCUAUUUGAGAAGGAGAAGAACAGCACGUGGACAACAAACUCCAAACAAACACCUGCGGAUGCAAAAUCUCCUCACAUCUCGACCUCGGGUUACAAUCGCAGAAAAUUCAGAGAGUGAAGAUGGCCUGACCAGUGAUAUUUUGAGGAUCGCUGGAAAAAUUUCUAGGAAGAUUGAAAGAAAAGAGAAAAAGCGCAAAAAGUCUGAGUCUAACAAUGCAGAUGAGGACAAUGCAAACAGCAGACUCCUAGAUAGUCGGCGUGUUCUGGAAAUGCCUACUGAUAAAAAAAGAAAGUCCAAGCAAGGAGCUAUGUCCCCCUCGGAGAAGGAGCAGGCAGCUGAAAGGGAUGCGCAAUCUCCUGUGAAAAAGGAGAAGCACAAACUGAACAAGUCACUGGUCAGAGACUUGGUUACAGAGAAUGGAGUGAAAUCUGACACUGUGUGCUCUCCGCGAAAAAGGAAACUAACAAACACUGCUACAAGUGAGGCCUCUAGUAAGAAAAAGAAACAUUGUGAAGAUUCAGGUUCUGUUUUAGGGAAUUCUGGAUUUCAUAGUCAAGGUCACACAGAAUCGUCAACCUCAACGAAGAAAAAACUUCCACAGCACAAGUUCAGAUUUCAGAGGGAAAACUUUCACCCGGUGGAUGGCCCGUCGGCGUCCGAUGGCACGGUUCUGUUACAGAAUCCUCUAACAAAGGCGGAGCUCUGGCUGAUCAAAGCUCCCAGUGAUUUAGACAUAUCCAUGUUGGACAAAAGUAAAGUUUCUUUGUCGGACAAAGUGAUCGAGCUAGAUCUAGCCAGUCAGAAGUGUGAAGUGGUUGUGUCACGGCAGCAAACAGAGUUAUGUCCCCUGGUGAUUGGCCCGACUUCAGGAAAGUUACAACAAGGGGUGGACUUUACUGGUCAGCUACAGAUUAUAAACAAGAUGGACGUUCCCUCGGCUCCCCCCAUACCUGUCCCCCCCAAGAAGGAACAUCCCAUCCCAGACACCCUCAGGCAGAGAUUUAUUCCCUUCGGAGCAGAUGUUCCAGACACUGCUGUAUCCCCACAGAGGAAGAAACAGAGAAAGAAACACAAGCGAGAAAAAAUGGAGCUGAUAGAGGAGUCAGAAAGCAUGCCCAAAAAGUCCAAGAAGAAGAAGAAAAUGAAAGGAUGAACAUUGUUAUUUCUGUAUUAUUAUUACAUUUUAAAUAAAAGAUAUUACAUCAAU